GAACGCUCGCCAACCUACGCACAAGCUCCUUGCGCACGCCCACACUCGCACGGAACGUCCUCUCGCGGCCUGCGUGCUCGCUCGCCCUCCAUGUCGUCCCAGCCGGCUCCGCGCCAAAGGAGGAUCCGGUUCUCGCAAGACGAGAUCCAGUCCCAGCUCCAGCAGCUCUUCCUCUUCUCGAGCCUCUCGUCAGCCUCGACCGGCGACAUCGAGGCCCUCGCACCGAUCCUCCUCAACAUCCACCGCUCGAGACAGCAAGACGCCUACCUUCGUGCCCUCAAGGCCUUUGUCGCCGAGAAGGAGAAGGAGAUCGAGGCCGUUUGCGCGCGCAACUACCAGGACUUUGUCGGCUCGGUAUCGGCCCUCCUUCGCGUCCGCCAGGGCACCGUCUCGCUCAAGCACCGCGUCGUCGAGCUCAACGACGACAUUCAGAAGAGCGGCGGCGGCGUCGCCGACAAGGCGCGUCCACUCUCUCCUCUUUCUCGUGCCUGCGUUCACAACAUUGACGAGACGAUCGACACGCUCCAGGCGUGCUUGCGCGUGCUCGACCUCGCCACCAAGGUGCAGAACCUCAUCGACAACGCCAAGUACUUCUCGGCGCUGCGGCAAAUCGAGGACCUCCAGUCGACGCACCUCAAGCCCGUCUUGCACUACUCGUUCGCCAGCCUCAUGCUGUCGUCGAUACCGGAAAGUCGGGCCCAGAUCCGCGACGCCGUCACGCGCAGCCUCAAGGCGUGGAUGUACGAGGCGCGAGAGGCGUCUCGGGCCAUCGGCAAGGGCGCGCUCGACGCGAUGGAGCAGCGUGGGAGGAGGUGGGCCGCGAGGAAGCGCAAGGAGGUGCAGCUCGCGCUCGCAAAGAUCAACGGGCCGAUCGAGCUCGGCAUCAGCGAGCGGCACGAGUACUCGCUCCUCGACAAUGAGAACGCCAAGAUCGACUUCAAGCCGCUGUACACCUGCAUCCACAUCUACGACACGCUCGACGCCCGCGACGAGCUCCAGCUCAGCUACCAGGCCGACCGACGAGCACAAGCCGGCCUCCUCCUGUCGUCGACCGCGUCCCUCACGCCCUACUCGCUCGCGGCCCUGUCGGCCCUCCUCGAGGAGAUCGUCGGCUUCUUCCUCAUCGAGUCGCACGUCCUGCGCACGACCAACUCGUUCCGCUCGGAGCAAGACGUCGAGGACCUGUGGGACGGCAUGUGCGAGCGGGUCGUGCGCAUCGUCGACGAGGGCUUGAGAGGGUGCGAGGACCCUGAGGUGUUUCUCGGCACCAAGUUAAAGGUGCUCACGUUCGUCCAGACGCUCGAGGGGUACGGUUACUCGGUCAGCCACCUCAACAGCCUCCUCCUCACGCUCUUCGAGCGGUACUCGGAGCUUCUGCAGCGCCGGUUCAGCGCCGACUUUGAGAAGAUUGUGCUCGACGACGACCACCAGCCGAUGGUCGUCAACGACGAGGACGAGUUCAGCAAGGUCCUGAGCGUCACCUGGCUCCCGGCCGACGGCGAGUGGAGCGCCGCGCAGCUCAAGCAACCCGGGUUCCCGCUCGCCCUGCCCUUCUCGCAAACCUACCCGUUGUGCUGCGUCGACAUCCGGUCGUUCACCGAGCAGUACUACCAGUUCUCCGAGGGCUUUGCCGAGCAUCAUCGCGACAUCGACGACGUGCUGCGCAAGGCGCUCGACAACCUUCUCAUCAAGCAGGUCAGCGAGAACAUCCAGCGCCGCCUCAGCAUGAUCGGCAACCUGUCGCAGCUCGCCCAGAUCGUCGUCAACGUGCUCUUCUUCCAGACGGCCUGCUCGGACCUCGAGACGCUGCUCGUCACCCUGCGGGCGACGCAACGCGGCGGCACGAUCCACCUCGACUCGCUCGCGUCGUUCCAGCAGACGCUCAAGCAGACGCAGGACCGCAUGGUGUCGCAGAUCUCGCAGAAGAUCGACAACUUCUUCGAGGAGGCCCAGUACCCGUGGACGGCGACGCAGCCGCCGUCAGCGCAGGCCGCCAACGAGGCGAGCCCGUACUUGCAGGACUUGAUCGACUACGUCUCGACCGUCAUGAUGAGCGUCCUCGUCCAGCUGCCCGAGUUCGCCAAGGACUACGUCUACCGAGGAGCGCUCGGCCACUGCGCCAUGAUCCUCCAGUCCUACUUGACCGACCGUGACCCUCGACAGGUGAGCGACGCCGGCCUGCUCCACCUCGCGCGGGACGUGCGGUGGCUCGUCAACCACGUCACGUCGUUCCAGAACGAGCGCCUCUCGGACGUCUUCUCCGAGCUGCAGCAGCUCGUCCUCCUCCUCACGGCGACGCCCAACAUUACCGACUACCUGGACCCGCCGACCAGGGCGCAGCGCUUCCCGCGCGUGCAGCCUCGCGUCCUCCAGAGCGUCCUCGUCAAGCUCCUCGCGCACUACAACUCGAGCGGCGGCGGCGGCGUCGGCCACAGGAGGCGGACCCAGGUCGAGGACCUGUUGCGCACGCUCUCGGCGAGGUAGACCCUGCGACAUCUCUUUUCCUCUCUUUCGUUCUCUCGAUGUUGUAUCGACGACCUUUUUCUCGG